AUACAAUUGUCAUGAAAUCGCUUUGUGAGAGAUGAGUGUCUUUGGGGAUUUUCAACGCGUGUGGGUGCAACGUUUUCCGGAGAGCGCCUUGCCAGCCGCUUGGGAGGAAGAUGUCAGGGCCAAUUUGGCUAAACACAAACAGAAAGUGGCUAUUCUUAGAGAAGAAUUGGAGAAGGAGGAGUUUUACGUAGAGUACUUGGAGACGUUGUUGUCGGAUGUAGAGAAACACAAGGCAUCUGCUCAGGGGAAGCCACCGCCCUUAGGGGUUGACGUGCUCAAUCCUGACGAUAAGACGACAGAUAGCAAGCAGGGUUCAAACACUGACUCAUUGUCAAAGAAGAGUGAGGCCAGUCUUAGUACCAACAAUGAUGAAUCAAUGGUGGAGACCGCUGAUAUGGAUGAAGUGCAGCUACGGAAAAAGCCCCCACUCAUCGCUGAGAGAAGCUCCGUUAACCAAUGCAUCAAUGAGCUCUCAUCUAACCUAGCAGCAGAAGCCGCCAGAAGAAGAUGCAACAGUGAAGUUAUACAAAAAACCAACAAUAACAGUGAUACUAAUGUAGCUGUAGAACAAACAAGUCCAACGCCAGCCAAAACCCGUCCAGCAUCGCAAGCAGGUGAUUUCGUCACUGUCAUCGAAGUGAAUGGGCUAAAGGUGGCGGAAAGCGCCUCCAAAAAAUCCGAAGAAUCUUCCCAAUCUUCUGAAAGUAGUAGUACUGUCGAUCCAAUUGUUGCAGCCAAGAAAAAAGUCCCACCAAAACCACCACCUAAAGUGUUCAAUAAACGUGGUUCAUCGAUGCCUGAAACUGGUUUGGUUGAAGACAGCCCGCCAUCCUCCUUAGGAAGGAGGUUACGAAAUGCCGAAUCAAGGGAAUCUAUUACAAGCAGAGCUUCCACACCUUCUAUCAGUGAGAGGGUAAAGAGUUAUGAAUCAAUUAAUUCUUUGUCAUCGGAACGUAAGCGCUCGGGUGGCGCAGCUACACCGCGUUCUAUCGACGAAGAAGUCACUUCGACGACACCAGAAUUGGCUGAAGGAGAAGGUGAUAAGUCAGCCCCAGAGUCUCUAGAAAGCAUACCAGCUGCGGUUCCCAUUGCUGAGGAUGAGCCAUAUUACGAUCAAGUUCCACUCGAUGUGAAUGAUGGAGAAUACGUUUAUAUUCAAGCAGGCGGUACAGGUUCGAGUACAGAAGACGGCUCAAGCGGGACAAGUACUUUGCCGCUGCAUACCCCGUCUGCGACUGCACCAACCGCGCCGCAAGCGCCUGACUCGCCUCCCAACGUCACCGUGCCAAAUUAUGUUAACAUACACUAUUUUAUACAACAUGGCAGCGAGGUCGCAGAGCCUAGUGAGUCUGGUUCGGAACUCGCGGACUCUUCUGAUACUCCUCUAUUUCUGAGGACUCUAUCUUCCGACACUGAAGCCAGCGCCACACCACCAGUAUUAAGAAAAAUGCAGCAUCAGGACUCGAGCAAUAGCAGCAAUGCGGAAGCCGAACGACUUACGAUGCACCGAUGUAUUGUCACUAGCAUUAUCGAGAGCGAGAAUGUUUAUGUGGAAUGCCUUUAUGUUAUGGAGAAGUACAUGAACGCGAUAAAAGCCACACUGUCAACGUCCCAACCAGUCAUAACACAGGAAGAGUUCAAUACGAUUUUUUACAAAAUAUCGGAGCUGCAUGAACUACAUAAGAACUUCCUGGAGGGACUGAAGAACGCUGUCGCUAGUUGGGAAGAGCCUCUUUCUGUUGGAGUUCAUUUCAAGAAAAUGGCUGAAAACAUAAACAUAUAUGGAGCGUUUCUACAUAACUACGGGCGUGCGACUGACGCGGUGCGGAGAAGGUGUGCCAGCUCGACUCGAUUUGCUGACCUCACCAAAGAAAUCGCCUGCCGCGGGCAGCCGAUGUCUCUCGACGACCUGCUGCACAAACCUGUUGCUAGAGUUCAGAAAAAUGCUCUUGUCUUACACGAUCUCAUAAAAUACACGCCAGCCAGUCACCCCGAUCAUGCGAUGUUAACGGACGCUCUUAAUAUGACUCAGCAUUUCCUCGAUGAGUUCAACAUUAUUCAAACGAAAUCUAUGUUCCCUAAUGCAGAUCGCGCACAAAGAAGACUCGUCAAGAAUUCUUUCAUAGUGGAACUUUCUGACGGACAUAGGAAAUUAAGGCACCUGUUCCUUUUUAACGACGUUAUUGCUUGUGCCAAAUACAAGGCUUCGGGUCGUGACAAAAUCGCGUACGAAGUGAAAUGGUUUAUUCCGCUGCCUGAUAUAGUAGUCGUAGAGGAGGAUAGCGCAGGUGUGAGCGCAGCCGACGCUAGAGAAACCUCUCCCGCUAACAUUGUAGCUCUCAAAUCGCAAGCGUCGACAGUACGAGACCAGAUCCUUGCGGAGGAAAGGGCUGCGCAUGAUGACAAGAAAAUAAGGCUAAGUGGUCGCGGCGCGGCUGAGAAGCAACGAAAAAAGCUAGCCGAACUUGAAGGUCAGCUGGUACUAGCGUCCCCUAACCUCAUCUUCCGCGUUGGGGCUCGCAUACCAGGCUCCACUGCGCUGCAGCGACAACAUAUAUUCUUCCUCAGCUCAGAAUAUGAGAGAACACAGUGGAUUGACUCUAUACACGCUUUGCAGGCAUCGUCAGUGCCGCCAGCAGGCUCGCACACAGUAUCAGUGCUAGAACUACAAGCUUGGGUGACGGCCUGCCGCAACUACCUCCAAGCCGAUAUGGGCUCGUACUUACUUAGAAGCGGGCGCGACGACUCGUUGCUCUUAGGAGAUCUACAGCUGCACAUUGGAGGAAUGACUGCGCCACUUGACACUUCAGCAGAUUAUUACGUAGUCGUCGAAGUGGACUCUUAUGGACACUACUUCCGUAAAGCAAAGUCUAAGUUAGUAUGCCGAAGUGCCCAGCCUAGGUGGAACGAAAGUUUCACUAUUGAUUUGGAAGGUUCGCAAAAUCUUAGGCUACUUUUGUAUGAGGAUGCCGCAAGACCUGUAUUGAGAGGAAAAUGUACGCUUAAGCUGUCAAAAGAAUGGAUAGCAGAAAGUGCGAGCGGCGGUGUGACGCGCACUGUGUGCUUGGGCGGCGGGUCACUACCACUGCGCCUGCGUUUGCUGCCGCCCGAGCGCUCCGCCCGGCGCGUGCCUUCCGCCAAACCUGGUGCACUCUUCGGCGCCAAGAUAACGAAUGCCGCCAAACGCGAGAAACGCGAAAUACCAUUUAUAAUAAGUGCAUGUGUGCGCGAAGUGGAACGACGAGGCAUACAUGAGGUCGGCAUAUACCGUGUUUCGGGAAGUGCCUCAGACUUGAACCGCCUCAAGAAAAGUUUCGAGACGAAUGCAUAUGAAGCAGAGCAGUUGUUGAAAGAGGUUGACAUUCACUCGGUGACCGGAGUCCUAAAACUGUACUUACGAGAGUUGCCUGAAGCAUUGUUCACUGAUGCCCUCUAUCCUGAGUUGCUGAAAGCUUGGGGAGCUACGCAGGGAGCAGGAACGUCUUUGGACUCCGGGCCAGCACAAACACGGCGGCAUGCGCUACUUAAGUGCUGCGCACUAUUACCUGUUCUUAACAAGAAAUGCAUUGAUUUCCUGCUAAAUCAUUUUGUCAAAGUGAAUCAACACGAAGCAGAAAACAAGAUGUCGUUACACAAUCUUGCGACUGUGUUCGGACCGACACUGCUCCGGCCUGCUAGUGCAAAUGCAAAUUCUAAGCAACGAACCGACUUACUAGCUGCUGGGACCGUGGAUGCCAUGGCGCAAGCUGGCAUUCUAUAUUGCCUUUUGCAGCAACGCCAGCUCGCGGCACAACUGUCUUCACACCACAGAGGGCCAACGCUCCUCGAGUAAUCAUUUGUGAGACUAGGCUAUUUCAGAUUCCACCAUUGUUUACAGUACGGCACGACUUUAUUCAUCCUUAAGGUAAUGUAUUUAAAUCCUUUAAUACAUAUUUUAUUAUAUUAUUAUAUUUUGCUGAUAAAGCAUUGUAAACAAUAGUACAAUAAAUCAAUUAUAUUACUGACAUUCUAACCAUUGCUGACAGCAAUAUUGCUGAAAGCAAUGUCGCUUUUGUCUUUAGCGCUAGAGACAUUACAUUGAAUCUUAUGCAUAUUUAUUUUAAUAAGCGUUGUGAUCCGAUUGUACAGAGUAUUAAUGCCACAUCACGGUAUGUUGGUUGUAUGAUUUGAUUAUGCCUGUCUUUUGUAACGUAUCCUCCGGGUCGAAAGAUUUCACUGAAAGUAAUAGUUAUAUAUAGUAUUUCAAGACAAUUUGUAGUUGUUUAUUGUAUGUACCCAGAGCUUUUAUUUAAUUACAUAUGUUAAGCACAAUUUUUUCAGAAUUAUACAUUCGUUUUACAUAUUUCCUGAAUCAAUCGGCGAAAGUUUUACAUUCCAUAAGUACAGACUGAAAUAGCAAGUAUUGAUUAGAGGAAUAUCAUUUACACAUUUUUUAACGAAUAGGGGAAUAUACAAAUCUAGUUUAAAUAAAGACUGCUCUCAUAAUACGAAGCUAUUUUUACACGAAAUUCAAUUAAUCAGACUUUAGGGCCAAAAAUACCUCAUCCAAAGCAGUCCAGUGUGAGAGUAAUUUUGGAUUGAGAAGCAAAUUAAUGAAGUAUUAUGAAGUGGGACCGAAAACGUAAUAAAGUAAAUUAGCGUAAAAUUGCAGCAGACUGAUAUUUAGUAUAUUGCGAAACCUUGUGUUGUUUUACGUGAUUAUUAUGUUUCAACGAAUACCUAGUUUCGUGCACAGAUAUUUCCACUCUGUUCUACUAAAGUUAACCUUAGAUAAUAAUAAUAAUAAUGUGUUGCCUAACCGUCACAUGAGUAAUCCAUUUCUACAAAAACUGAUUAUAAUCCAAGCCGACGAAGAGGCCGAAAAGUAUUAUUGCGCGAUUAUGUAAACGACGCAAAUUUAGGUAAAUAAAAAGAAAAUAAUACCCUAGGUUUGAUUAGAUACCAUAAAGUAAUGUUGUGAAAAAGUAUUGUGACUAUUUAUUUCGGAUGAAUACUACAGGAUGAUGGACAACGCAAUUUUCGUCCAUAAUAGGUAGCAUUUUAAAUGCUAGUAAUUGUAUUCCGGUACUGUAGCACCUUUAUACUGUGUACUCUUCUACGAUCGU